AGUCAUUAUCAGCUUUCUGGACAUACGGACAGAGACAGACAGGAUGGACUUUCUCCGGCUACACCUCCCUGGGCUGCACCAGGCCUUGAGGGGGGCACUGGAUUCCCUCAGCACCUUUGUCUCCUACCUCUUGGGAGAUGCAGUCCCCACUGUAGAGCCAGAGGCGCGGGCGGCUGAGGAACUGGGGGCGGUGGCAAUGGGAAGGACAGGGAAGCCUGUAGAGGAGGAAGCCCAGAAGGGCCUGGAGGGCCGGAGAGGUGGUGGCCAAAGCCAGGGGGCUGGAUGGCUGAGAGGGCCUGGGGAGGACGGAAGACGUGAAGCAGGGAGCUCAGCUGUGGAACAGACCUGGGGCUGCGGAGAUGGCAGCUCCCAUACGUCCCAAGCAGAGAGGCAGGACAGUGGGGCUGGGGAGGCAGCCAAGGCAGCCAGGUGCCAGGAGUCAAGUGCCCCCUUGGAGGCCAGAAAGAAGUCCAAGGUAGGGUCUAGGGCUUGCCAAGACAGGAGCAGCCAGGCCCAGGAGAGGCAGGAGCCCGAUGAACAGGAAGUGAACAGAGAGGAGAGGCUGAGAAUCCAGGAACAGGAGGAGGAGGAGGAGGAGAAGGAAGAAGAGGUCAGGGCAAGAGAGCCAGGGAUGGCCAGAGGGGUGGAGUCAGAGUGGACCUGGCACAGGGAGCAGGAGGGGAAGGCUGGUGCCAAUGGGAUAAAGGCUGCAGGGGAUGACCUGGAUACUGAGCAGGGGAUCAGGGAGGCUGAUGCCGAGAAAACUGAGGGGCCCAGGGCUGAAGGGGCUGGAAAGGAAGAAGAGGUUGUGGUGGUGGAGGAGGCCGGUGAAAGCAGAGAGGCACAGGAGAUGCGGGGCCCAGGGGCAGAGUCUGAGGACUGGACAACUUUAGGCAGAGAGGAGGCUAGGACAACUCCAGGUAGGGAGAAGGCCAGGAUAAUUUUAGAUUGGGAGGAAGCCAGGACAGCCUCAGGCCAGGAGGAGGCCGGGACAACUUCAGGCAGGGAUGAGGCGGCCUCAGGAGGGGAGGAGGCGGCCUCAGGAGAAGAGGAGGCAGCCUCAGGAGGAGAGGAGGCCGGGACAGCCUCAGGAGGGGAGGAGGCAGCCUCAGGAGGAGAGGAGGCCGGGACAGCCUCAGGAGGAGAGGAGGCAGCCUCAGGAGGAGAGGAGGCCGGGACAGCCUCAGGAGGGGAGGAGGCAGCCUCAGGAGGAGAGGAGGCAGCCUCAGGAGGAGAGGAGGCCGGGACAGCCUCAGGAGGGGAGGAGGCAGCCUCAGGAGGAGAGGAGGCCGGGACAGCUUCAGGAGGGGAGGAGGCAGCCUCAGGAGGAGAGGAGGCCGGGACAGCCUCAGGAGAAGAGGAGGCAGCCUCAGGAGGAGAGGAGGCCGGGACAGCCUCAGGAGAAGAGGAGGCAGCCUCAGGAGGAGAGGAGGCAGCCUCAGGAGGAGAGGAGGCAGCCUCAGGAGGAGAGGAGGCCGGGACAGCCUCAGGAGAAGAGGAGGCAGCCUCAGGAGGAGAGGAGGCAGCCUCAGGAGGAGAGGAGGCAGCCUCAGGAGGAGAGGAGGCCGGGACAGCCUCAGGAGAAGAGGAGGCAGCCUCAGGAGGAGAGGAGGCCGGGACAGCCUCAGGAGGGGAGGAGGCAGCCUCAGGAGGAGAGGAGGCAGCCUCAGGAAGAGAGGAGGCCGGGACAGCCUCAGGAGAAGAGGAGGCAGCCUCAGGAGGAGAGGAGGCCGGGACAGCCUCAGGAGGGGAGGAGGCAGCCUCAGGAGGAGAGGAGGCCGGGACAGCCUCGGGAGAAGAGGAGGCAGCCUCAGGAGGAGAGGAGGCAGCCUCAGGAAGAGAGGAGGCCGGGACAGCCUCAGGAGGGGAGGAGGCAGCCUCAGGAGGAGAGGAGGCCGGGACAGCCUCAGGAGGGGAGGAGGCAGCCUCAGGAGGAGAGGAGGCCGGGACAGCCUCAGGAGGGGAGGAGGCAGCCUCAGGAGGAGAGGAGACUGGGACAGUCUCAGGAGGCAAGGAGGCCUGGACAACCUCAGGCAAGGAGCAGGCUGACUUCUUAGGAGUCAGAGAGACAGAAUAUGGAGCAAUCCCAGGAGAAAGCCUCCUACAGGCUACUGGGAAAGUCUGGGUCCUAGAGGAGGAGGGGGAUGAGGAGAGAGAGGCUGAGGUGAGCCCUUUCCCCAAACAGGCCCAGGCCCUGGGCACUGAGAGAAUGGAAGAGGCUGCUGAGAGCCAGACAGCAGGGAGGGAGGCUGUGGGAGGCCAGGAGGCAGGGGAGAGCUUUGAGGGUCAGGCCGACCUGCGUGGGAAGGAGGGUGAGGUGAGGCGACACUUGGAGAUCAGGGCUGACCGGGCCGGGCUGGAGGAGGUGGUACAGGCAGAGGAGGCCCGGGAGGAGAGAGGGAGUGGCAGGGACCCAGAGGCUGAGCUGCCCUCGGAUGGAGAGGCUGAAGGAGCUGCUGACUUGGAGGCAACCCCAGAGGCCAGGCCUGAGGAGGAGCUCACAGGGGAGGAGAGUGAGGCAGCCCAGACCAGCGGCAGCACCCUGGGGGCGGAGUGGGGUGGCCUCACACACAUCUCCAAAGGCCAGGAGCCUGAGCUGAUGGGGGGCACCCAGACCCCAACCAAGCAACCCGAGGAAGGGUGGGCAGGUGAGGUGGAGCUCUGGGGAGUUCUCACCCUGAGCAAAGAGGAGAGGAGCCUGGAGGCAGGUCCCAGGCUCCUGGGGUUUGUAAAGCCGGAGGCCUCCAAGGCCUUCCCAGGAAAUACCCAGGAGGAAGCAGCCCCUGCUGAGCAGCGGGAGGAGGAGGCUGCAGGAGGCCAGACCCCUUUAGCUGAGGCCGAAGGAGACGGAGAGUCUGAACCGCCAGAAGUCCCAGAGGCAGGUGGGGAGGGGCCGGCAUCCAAACACACAGGGUGUGGAAUUGAGGAGGGAGAGACGUCUGUCUCAGAGAACCAGGAGCUGCACAGAAGCACAGGGGCAGACUCAGGGCCAGGCCGGUCGCUGGGAGAGGCCUAUGCCAGGGAAACCAAGGAUGGGGAGGCGGAGGCCAAUGGAACGUCCAGGAGAGGCUGGAGGCUGCAGGCGGCAGCUGUAGGCCUCCAUGACCGUGAGGACACACAGACCGGCUCCAUGGCUGCUGAGAUGAUUGGGAGUGAGGUGGUCCCAGACGUCAGCGCUGCUGGUGCUGGGGAAGCUUUGGAAGGGGCGUUUGGGCGAGGAUGGGACUUGAAAGAAAGGGAGGAGGCAGCAGCGGGAGAGGAUGCAAGCGGGCAGGAGUUUGGCCUGGAGGGGUCAACAGAGGAAGAGGUGGCUGGCAGAGACGGCCCAGCAGAGGCUUUUGAGGCCAGGGAGGGAGACCAUGGGGGAGGGCGGGUAGAGGCUGGGGAAUCUGCAGGUGCAGAGGACAGUUGUGGGCUGGAUGGUGUGAGCUCCCACACAGCAAGGGCAGAGGGGACAGGAGCCAUGGUGGAGGCUGGGGGGCUUUUAGAAGAGUGGACACUGUUGGAAGAAGAGGCUGCAGGAUGGCAGGAGAGAGAACAGAGGGAAGACAGGAAGGGGCGGCAUGGGGAUCACCACCCCGAGGGAGAGCCACCAAGGCUCCUUGAUGCAGAGGGUCUCAUGGUGACUGGGGGCUGGAGGGCAGGGGCCAAGGAGACUGAGCCAGAAAGCCUGGAGGACAUCAGGGGCCAGGAGGAGUGGCCAACAUGCCAGGCCCCUGCAGAAGCUGCACAGGGGUCACUUGGGAAUGCUGAGACAGCUGAGGCCAUCAGCAGUGCCAGAGGAGGUGCUGCCAGCAGCUGGAGCGAGGCUCUGCUCCCGGGAUCCCUCCUAGAUGUCUCUGUCCCAAGGAGCCGCGUGCACCUCUUGAGAAGCUCCUCGAAGCGUCGCUCGCGGCCCUCUUUUCGUCGGACCCCGGCCCUGGAGCAGCAGGAGGAGCCCCCAGUCCCCAACCCUUCUGAGGAGGAGGAGCCUUCGGCCCCUGAGCAGAGACUCCUCCAGCCGGAGGAACCCCCUGAGCCAAGCCCUCCAAGGCAUGACGGGACCCCAGUGCCAGCCAGGAGAAGGCCCCUGGGACACGGGUUUGGCCUCGCACACCCUGGCAUGAUGCAGGAGCUGCAUGCCCGUCUGGGCCGGCCCAAGCCCCAGUGACUGAGACCCAGCGCCCUGUAAGCCAGGCCCUGGGUGGGGACCAGAAGCCUCGCUUGCACACCACUGAGCCCUGCUCCCUCUGCCACUGUGGACGCACCCUCUUCACCCUCUGGGCCUCAGCGUCUUAGUGUAUCAUUCAUGGAGCAGGCAAAACCAGAUGUCUGGGAAGACUUUGAACUUGAGUCUGAUUCUCCAGUGCAGACUGGUGGACCACCUACCCCACUGAGACCACCUCUCAGGGUUCCUGCCCUGGUUCCUCCCCAGCCUGAGUCAGCUGUCUGGACUGCGAGGAGGCCAGGCACAGGGUCUCACGCCUGUCGCCCCAGAGCUUUGGGAUGCCAAGGUGGGAGGAUUACUUGAGACCAGGGGUUUGAGACCAGCCUGGGCAACAUAGGAAAAGACCCCAUCUUUUAAAAACAAAAUUAAAAAAUAAAGACUGCAAGGAA